GAAUUUUAUUUCUCUGACCUCCAAAUGAUUAACAUGGUUAAUAGUUGCAUAAUUAUUUGAUAAGGGCAUAACGAAUACGAUGUCGGGUUUGGUUUUUGUUACUUUCAUCUUGGUCGCGACUCUAUGCUUCGAUAAUUUGCCUGCUUUUUGUUCCGUUCAACUGUUAUGAAAAUGGAAAAUAUGAAGAAGUACUUCAAGGCGCUCAUCAUCAUCUCGCUCGUGUCACUUAUCGAGAUACUUCUGCUCCAUUAUCCCCGAGAUCAUGCAAAUUGGACAAGAACGCUCAAGGAAUGUCCUAACCAACUUCCGAACAUGAGUCUGAUGGAACUCUCCAAACUCUCGCAAGCAUUGAGCCAGUUGAAGCCACCAGAAGUUGUUCCUCCGCAACCUCUGGGAAGGAAGCAAUCAAUGGACAACCAGGUGAAAUCAUUAACAAAACCGAAGCCUCCUCUUGUCAAAGAGAUACUUGCAUCGAAACUUAAGAGAAGCAUAGCCAAAAUUGAAUAUGACGUUCUGAACAUGGAUGUCGGUGUAACGUUGGACGCCAUUACUGCAUUUCCCCUUGAAGAGAAUCGCCUCAUCCACAAGAUUCAACGAGCUCGAGUGCAUCCCAAUGAUGGAUGUGUCAUCAGAAUAGCCAAGUACUGCGCAAACCGUUGUGAUCACUUGCUGCAAAGGAAUCACUCAAGGGAAUGGGCACCAUUUCAAUGUGAUUUUUCCAAAUCUUGUCGUCUGGAAACACGUUUCGUCAGUUACCUCUCGACCGAAAUUAUGAAAUCUGUUGAUGUGCUUCUUUUGAUUGACUCGCUCCACGAAGGACUGCAAUUGAAGAGGCUGAUAGGCAUACGUCCUCCUGGACAACUCUGGGUUCUGUAUGGCAGAGAGAGCCCUAUCCAUGAUGCCGAUUAUGCCCCUGAAGGUCUAACUGGAAACCCUUAUAACCUUACAAUGACCUACUCUGUGGACGCUGAUAUAUAUUUUCCAUAUUGCUUUAUCAAGGAAAGCCAUUCUCACUCGGAUCUGAUGCCAAGUAUACCAAAGAAAACUAAAUUGAUAGCAUGGAUGGCUUCUAAUUGUCGUCUCUUAUCUUGGAGGAGAACCGAGCUUGUCAGGGAACUUCGGAAACACAUAUCAGUUGAUACGUAUGGCAAGUGUGGCACCAAGGGCAGUCUUUCUUUGCAUGAGGCUGGACAGAUUCUUCCAAAGUACAAGUUUUAUCUGGCUUUUGAGAGCAGUGACUGUCGAGAUUACAUCACCGAAAAAAUAUGGAGGACGUGUCUUCUCCAAGGUAUUGUGCCCAUUGUCUUUGGGGCAAAACGGGAAGAUUACGAGCGAGUGAUGCCGAGGAAAUCCUUCAUUCAUCUCGAAGACUUCAGCAACAUGAGUGCGUUCGUUGAUUAUAUUCACCAUUUAGACUCCGAUGAGGAGGCGUACAUGAAAUAUUUCGACUGGCGAAAAGAAAUUGAGAUAACCUGCCUAUCGGCCAGGACCUUUUUGAUGACUGCCCCUGAGGCCAAUUUGUGUUAUCUGUUCAAAAAACUUAUCCAUCUAAACCUCAGUCCGGAAUCAUCAUGGAAGCAUCGUACCCCAGACUUUUCUUCAUGGUGGAAGGGGCAAUGCCGUGAGGAAUACUCUCCGAAAAAUGUAUUAGGAUUUUCUAUAAACCUCUCUAAGACUGAGCAAAGGAUAAAACGUGUUCGAUAGUUUAAACUACUUAAUUGUUAGUCAUUUAUUUAUUUAUUUAUUCAUAUAUUCAUAUUCCACAAAUUCUAAAGUACGUUUCAUAAUAAAUCAUUUUCAGUAGAAUAUACAUCAUCUGCAUAUAUAGUUUUUUUUAAACGUACCAAUAAAAUUAAACAAAAGUGGAGGGGCCUAUUAAAAUGCGAAGCUUGUAAGAUGUAGACCCCUAUUGAGAUUAUAUUCAAGGGUAAUUAUGAUAUGAAUAUAGUAAAAUAAUCAGCAAAAUUCUAUAAACUUGUGUAGAUAUAAACACUACAAUACAAAGGUGUAUACAAAAUUACAUAUCAACUUUAGAAUAAUCAACACUACCGUGGAUAUGAUUAAAUCAGUAUGAAUUCUGAAGAAACUUUUUGAUGAGAAAUUUAAAUCGAUUCAGAGUAGAUGCCUCUUUUAUUACUCUGUCUAGAAAAUUCCAGAUUUUAAGGACAUUAAUGAUACGUUUCUGACGCAAUAAUUCAUCCGUAUGAACUCUUGAUGGCAUAUUACAUAUUAUCCUCUUUUUCUGAAGUAUAAAUACUUUGUUGAGCCCCAUUUGAGAGGCAUUUUUCCAUGCUAGAAUCCCAUAAUUAAGAUACGGUAGAAUAUAUGCACAAUACAACAUGGAUAGCGCCUGUGCUGGA